CGUUUCAUUGUCUUCUCCUCCAUCCAUAUCCUCCAGGCUCCAUGGCUUCCCAAACAGAUUUCAGUGAUUAUCUGAUCUUGAGAGCAGAUAAAGCAGGGAUACUUGAUCUCUUGAAUGUCUUGUAUUCAAGUAAAGUUAGUGAAAAUGAAUCUGUGGAUUGCCCUGAGAAGAAGGAGAUUGCAGAAAUGAGAAGAAGAUGGGUUAUAUUUAUCUCUCUUUUUCUUCAAAAACUCCUCUUGCUCUUCAGAAAACCAUUAGCUUCUUUUGGAAAGGGAUUUGAGUUCUUUUUGAACCUUCUCAUCCAAAAUGGUGGCAUGAUAUCUCUCCUUUCUAAUCUUCUCAGAGGAAACGUGAUAAUUCCAGACAACAGAUCAAGAACAUAUAGAUCUGCUAUUGGACUCUUGGACGAGAGGAUAGACUUAGACAAGAAUAUCAAACCCAAUAACCCAAAUUAUUAUGCAUCUCUUUCAAUAAUGGCUGCAAAAUUAUCCUACGAGAAUGAGUCCGCGAUCAAAACCACAGUUGAAAACAACUGGAAUAUGGAGUUCUUGGGCUUUUACAACUUCUGGAAUGACUUCCAACAGCAAUUCUCCACCCAGGCUUACAUGUUUUAUGACAAAGCCACUGAACUAGUGGUGGUUGCAUUCAGAGGGACUGAUCCCUUUGAUGCUGUUCAAUGGUCCACUGACAUAGAUUUCUCAUGGUAUGAGAUGCCAAAUGUGGGGAAGGUCCAUGGAGGGUUCAUGAAGGCCCUUGGCUUACAGAAAGCCACAGGAUGGCCAAAAGAGAUCAACAUAAACAACAAAAACCCGGCAUUCGCAUACUACAUUAUUAGGGAAAAGUUGAGGGGAAUAUUAAGUGACAAAAACAAAGCAAAAUUUAUUGUCACUGGACAUAGUUUAGGAGGUGCCCUUGCCAUCUUGUUUCCAGCUAUUUUGGUGUUCCAUGAAGAGAAGGAGAUGAUGGAGAGAUUGGAAGGAGUAUAUACAUUUGGUCAACCAAGGGUUGGAGAUGAGAAACUUGGUAAGUUCAUGGAGGAGAACUUGGAUAGAAAGAAGACGAGGUAUUUUAGGUUUGUCUAUUGCAAUGACUUGGUGCCAAGGGUACCUUAUGAUGAUUCCACUCUCCUGUUCAAACACUUUGGUACAUGCAUUUACUACAACAGUUUCUACAAAGGAAAGGUUGUGGAUGAAGAGCCAAACAAGAACUAUUUCUCAUUGUGGACAGCCCUACCAAAAUGCAUGAAUUCAUCGUGGGAGUUCAUACGUAGCUUCUUCAUUGGCUUUGUCAAAGGACCUGAAUACAAGGAAGAAUGGCCCAUGAGAUUCCUAAGGUUUUUUGGAAUCAUAGUCCCGGGAUUACCACCACACUCUCCUCGGGAUUAUGUUAAUUCUAUAAGACUUGGGAUUCCAAGGAUUCCAUCAAGAGAGGAACAAAUGAAUAAGUUGGAUUGAUUUCAAAAUUUAUAUAGGAUUAAGCUUGUGUGGCUGGAAGGGUAAGUAAUAAGGUGAUUCAAGUGCAAGUUAAUCAGAAAUUUGAAUCAUCCCUCGUAUGAGCAACAAAAAAUUCUUCUUAACAGAUAUUAUUUUGUUUACACUAAUUAAAUUUCAAAAUGAUGUAUAUGUAAUUUUUACAAUAUCCUUGCACUUUGACAUAAUUUUGUAAUUUUAAAAUUUUAAAUUAUCAAUACUAGUGAUGUGAAAAUUUAUUUCUUCAUCUAGAUCAGCACGAAUCUUGAUCAACAAGUUAAAAAAAAGAAUGAUCACUAAAAAUUUGAGAGAUUUUAUUUAUCUAUUUUUUGGGGUGGUUAAUCCUCCUCCCACCACCAU